AUGCUCCCAGCAUUGAUGCUUUCGGGAAUGAUAGGGAAUGUGACAUUUUGUGGAAAAGAUCCGAGCAAAGAUUUCGUGGAUUUCGUAAAAGUUGUAGAUGAGUAUUUCAAAGGAAGAAAUGAUGUACAGGCAAAGUACAAUUGCGCUAUAGCAGGAAUGGAUCCAAAAGACUUCGAUGCAGAGAAAUCUCAGUUUCAACUUUUUUUUCCAAUAGGUGAAGCUCAAAAAACAGCUAAGAAGAUUGAGGAUAUCCUCUCCAACAUUCGUAGGGUAAGGCUAUGA